ACCAGAUGGGCAACUCUGGUUGUGCUGGUUGCAGUGGGCGCAGCUGUGGCAGCGGCCACCAACCCCGGCGUUGUGGCCAGGAUCACGCAGAAGGGCCUUGACUAUGCCUGCCAGGAAGGAAUGGCCAUACUGCAGAAGGAGUUGGAAAAAAUCAAGAUCCCCGAUUUCUCAGGAAGCUUUCAGAUCAAGCAUUUGGGGACAGGGCAUUACAGCUUCUAUAGCAUGGCUAUCCACAGAUUCCAACUGCCGCAUUCCCAGAUGACACUGGUGCCCAAUGUGGGCCUUAAACUCUCCACCAGCAAUGCCAAUCUCAAGAUCAUUGGAAAAUGGAAGGCACAAAAGAAUUUCCUCAAAGCCAGUGGCAACUUUGACGUGAGUGUGGAAGGCAUCUCUGUUUCAGCCGAUCUGAAGGUGGGUAGUGACCUUUCUUCAGGGCAUGCCACCAUCGCCUGCUCCAACUGUAGCAACAGCAUCAGUAGUGUGCAUGUGGACAUCUCGGGCAGCCACCUAGGGUGGCUCAUCAAGCUCUUCCACAAAAAAAUUGAAUCUUCUCUCCGAAAAGUCAUGAACAGCAAGAUCUGUGAGGUAGUGACCAGCAUUGUGGCCUCUAAGCUGCAACCUUAUUUCCAAACUCUGCCAGUGACAGCCAAAAUAGAUGAAGUGGCUGGGAUCGAUUAUUCACUGGUGGCACCUCCAGCAGCCUCAGCGGACAGCCUGGAUGUACAACUGAAGGGGGAGUUUUUCAGGUUGGCCCACCGCACACCACCUCCUUUUGUCCCAUCAGCACUCACUUUUCCUACUGACCACAACCGAAUGGUCUACCUGGGCAUCUCCGACUACUUCAUCAAUACUGCUGGGCUUGUGUACCAAGAGGCUGGUGUCCUGAACCUGAACCUCACAGACGACAUGAUUCCUAAGGAAUCCCAAUUCCGACUGACAACCAAAUUCUUGGGAAGCCUUAUCCCUCAGGUGGCCAGGAGUUUCCCGGAUAUGAAGGUGCAGCUGCUCAUCUCCGUCUCCUCCCCCCCCCACCUCUCUGUGGACCCCAGCAGGCUCACCCUCACUCCUCAGCUGGAGGUCCAGGCCUUUGCCAUCCUCCCCAAUUCUUCUCUGGCCCCACUCUUCCAGCUUGGCUUGAGCAUGAACGUUUCUGUGGAGGUUGGUGCCAAGUCCAACCGGCUUGUUGGAAAGCUAAUGAUAGAUGAAGUGCACCUGGAGCUGAAACACUCAGAUGUUGGCCCCUUCUCGGUUCAGUUGCUGGAGGCCAUCAUAAACUAUUUUAUGUCCAGUGUUGUGCUUCCCAAGGUGAACGAGAGGCUGCAACAGGGCUUCCCUCUGCCACUUCUGGCCCACAUCCAGCUUGACAACCUGUUGCUUCAGUCUUACCAGGAUUUCCUGCUGUUUGGGGCAGAUGUUCACUACGGCUAA